CCCUUCCGCGCUGAGACUCGCCGCCGCCGCCGCCGCAGGAGGAGCCGCUGCCGGAGCUGCGCGCAGCCAUGGCCGAGAACCCCGGCUUGGAGAACCACCGCAUCAAGAGCUUCAAGAACAAGGGCCGCGAUGUGGAGACAAUGCGAAGACACAGAAAUGAAGUGACAGUUGAACUGCGAAAGAACAAACGAGAUGAGCACUUACUGAAAAAGAGAAAUGUUCCCCAAGAAGAAAGUUUAGAAGAUUCAGAUGUUGAUGCUGACUUUAAAGCACAAAAUGUAACACUAGAAGCUAUAUUGCAGAAUGCUACAAGCGAUAACCCAGUGGUCCAGUUGAGUGCUGUCCAGGCCGCAAGAAAACUAUUAUCCAGUGACAGAAACCCACCAAUUGAUGACCUAAUAAAAUCUGGGAUUUUACCAAUUCUAGUCAAAUGUCUAGAAAGGGAUGAUAAUCCUUCAUUACAGUUUGAAGCUGCUUGGGCGCUAACUAAUAUAGCAUCAGGAACUUCUGCACAGACACAAGCUGUUGUACAGUCUAAUGCAGUACCUCUUUUUCUGAGACUUCUCCAUUCACCACAUCAGAAUGUUUGUGAACAAGCAGUAUGGGCUUUGGGAAACAUCAUAGGUGAUGGUCCUCAAUGUAGAGAUUAUGUCAUAUCACUGGGAGUUGUCAAACCUCUUCUGUCCUUCAUCAAUCCUUCCAUUCCCAUCACCUUCCUUCGGAACGUCACAUGGGUCAUUGUCAAUCUCUGCAGGAAUAAGGACCCCCCACCGCCUAUGGAGACAGUUCAGGAGAUUUUGCCAGCAUUAUGUGUCCUCAUAUACCAUACAGACAUAAAUAUCCUUGUAGACACUGUUUGGGCUCUGUCGUAUCUGACAGAUGGAGGUAAUGAGCAGAUUCAGAUGGUGAUUGAUUCAGGGGUUGUGCCGUUUCUUGUGCCCCUUCUGAGCCACCAGGAAGUGAAAGUUCAAACAGCAGCACUCAGGGCAGUUGGCAACAUAGUGACCGGCACGGACGAGCAGACCCAGGCCGUUCUCAACUGCGAUGUCCUGUCCCACUUCCCGAAUCUCCUGUCACACCCAAAAGAGAAGAUAAAUAAGGAAGCAGUCUGGUUCCUUUCUAACAUAACAGCAGGCAACCAGCAACAAGUUCAAGCUGUAAUUGAUGCUGGAUUAAUCCCUAUGAUUAUUCAUCAGCUUGCUAAGGGGGACUUUGGAACACAGAAAGAAGCUGCUUGGGCAAUUAGCAACUUAACAAUAAGUGGCAGAAAAGAUCAGGUUGAGUACCUUGUACAGCAGAAUGUAAUACCACCAUUCUGUAAUUUACUCUCAGUAAAAGAUUCUCAAGUUGUUCAGGUGGUUCUGGAUGGUCUGAAAAACAUUCUGAUAAUGGCUGGUGAUGAAGCAAGCACAAUAGCUGAAAUAAUAGAAGAGUGUGGAGGUUUGGAAAAAAUUGAAGUUUUACAGCAGCAUGAAAAUGAAGACAUAUAUAAAUUAGCAUUUGAAAUCAUAGAUCAGUAUUUCUCUGGUGAUGAUAUCGAUGAAGAUCCUAGCCUCAUUCCUGAAGCAACACAAGGAGGUACUUACAAUUUUGACCCAACGGCCAACCUUCAAACAAAGGAAUUUAAUUUUUAAGUUCAUUUGAGUGCAGCGUCUUUCCCACAUUCUAUAUGAAGCACCACCAGAUGGCUACCAAAUGACAAGAACAACCGCAACAACAAAAGGCUCCAAAACACACAUGCCUCUUCGUUUCGAUGCUUCUAAAGCAAGCCAUGUCUCAGUCACUUUGCAGUUGCCAAAAGUCACUCUCACAUGGACUGUAAAUGCAUCUGCAUGAUUUCCUAAACUGUUUUAGAAUCUCCCUUAACAAUCCCAACUACCCCCUCUCUCCCUGUCCCUGGUGCCACGUGCUGACAACUGCAGUCGCCAGCUGAGAGUGUCCACAGCGGUCGCAUGUCGUGCCCGCUGACGCUCCUUAGGAAAGCGGUGCACAGUGGAUCAGGACACAGUGGUGUGACACAUCCACACGUCGGAAGACUUCAGAGAGGUGCGGUCUGGUCUGAGCCUCAUCACUGUCCUCCACAAACAUAUUUUCAUACUCUCUAUGUGGAAGAAUAGGUUUUAAAGUACAAGCCAAAUGACUUUCAUUGGUGGGACUGACACACAAAAAAGUAACUUAAUGAAAAGAAACUCGGUUAUUGAUUAAACAGAUAAGUUUAAAAAAAAAAAAAAAAACUGUCCUUCAUCUACCAGUAAUUGAUGUGGUUAUUAUCUGCCUCAGAAGCCAGGGUUGGAGGAAGAACUUUAGAUACGGAUGGUAAUGCUUUCGCCAUUAUACCUAAUUUUUGAGAGCAGCAAGCCUUGUUUGACCACUCACUCCAGCCUGUGUGUUCCUGCUGUUGAAGUAAUCAAAUGCUGUGCAUGGUAUUUUACCUGAGCUGCAACCUGUUACGGACUUGAACUUCUGUUUAAGUUGAAAGCAAGAGUCCCUGACUCUAAAGGAAAAAAAAACACAAUGGUCUAAAAUACCCAUUGACGAUGUGAAAAAAAUAAUCUUGCUUUCAGCUUUCAGGAGUUAAUAUUUUUCGUUUUAAAUCGAUAAUUGGAUAUGGUUGAUUUCUAUUGGGUUUAAACUGUGGAGCUUUCAUGUUUACUGUAAUUUAGUCUUAAAAUAUUUUUUACUUAGUAACCAGUGCUUUUGAUAAUGUGGUUGGCAACAAACCAGCAACUCUUUAGAAGUGUCAUGAAAAUUCAUUUGAGUAUUGGAAAAGUUCAUUCAAAUCCUACUCUAAAAGCAUAUUCACGUUUAAAAAUAUUCCAGCAAGGAUCUUUGUAGAGGAAUAAUCUGCAGUUCUUUAACAUAAAUCUGAUUUGCAGUGAUCUUUAAAUAAUUCUGCAAAAUCUGAUAUUACUAUGUAAAGUCAUUGCUUUUUGGUAGAUUGUCUGACCCAGUUAUUAAUGAAAGAAUAUGGAUUUGAACAUUUUAAAACUGAACAAUUUAUGCUGUCACAAAAAUGGUUUUGUUGCUGUCGUUUGCUGGGUAUAAUUUCCCAAUGCAUUGGUGUGAAGAGAUAGAAAAUCUAAACUAGUUAUCAGAUGGGGGGUGUAUUUCCUGUGAUGAAGAUGAGACAGAUGCCGUCAGAGCUUUGUGAAUCAGCUGGGGUUUUUUCACUGAUAAACAAAACAUAGCAGGUGUGCAUUCAUUAAAAAUAUAUGUAUCUGCCAAGGUGGAGCCACUUUAAAGAGUGAGUUUUGUCUUGUAUCUAAAGUAGAUACAAGCGUAUGUUUAAACUGCAAGAUUUUUACUUGCUAGAGAAUCUGUUUUAAUAUAGUGGUUUGGCCUCUGAUUAUUUAUAGGUUUUAUAAAUUUUGGAAUCAAUUUCUCUUUAAGGUGGCUCAGAUUUUUCAACUCUUGUGCACAUAAAAUUGAGUUGAAGUUCAUUGUGCCUUUUUUCUUUAUCCAGAUUUUGAGUUAAAGCUUCAUAUGGUAACUGCAUCCUAUUCAGACACUAUAGUCUAAAUUUUUGAAAGUGUGUGGUUUUCACUAAAAGUAGGAAUAACGAAGUCAAAACUAAUUAAGGUCACAAACUUCGGUGAAACCCUUAAAGUCCAAAUCUUCUUGAUAUUGUGAAUUGUACCCCUUCUGGUUUAGUUUCUUCUGGACUCUCCGUGUUUACUGAUGGUCACCUUUAAAAUUUUGCACACAUUGAGAUCAAAUUGGCCUCCAUUGUGACGUUCAUCUUUCCUCCUGCGUUCUCAGUGCAAACGGACAUUUUUAAGUGAACAUCAGCAUCAAGUGGGGCAGACCCGUGUGUGCAUUUGCUUGAUUCGGUUUGUCGUGACCUUAUCAGUUUUGAAUUGGAAUUGCACCAUUUCGUAGAUAAAAGAAACUGUAUUGCUGCACUUUUAAGUUUUCAAAACAGUGUUUAAAAAUUGCAUUGUUUUUAUUUUUUUUUAAACUCAGUUAAAAAAAAAAGACUAAAACGUUCUUUCAAAAGA